AAGAUGCCUUGCUGAGCUGAAUGUGAAAACUCCAAAAGGAUCAAAGCAAAGACCCAGAAAGAAAAGAUGGUUUCUUUUUUUAAUUUUCCCACUUUCUCUUUUGCUGCUAUAAAAAUUUACCUCAGAAAUUAAAGGAACGGGUCUUUUUGUUUUUGUUUUUGGUUUUUUUUUAUUUUCUUUUCAAUCAGGCCCUUCAAAGAAAGGGUCAACACUGGGGCAAAGAGGGAGUCUUCAGUCUCCCCACAAGCUUAAAAGACAACUUAUUUCUCAGAUUACAACUUUCCAAAUUACCCAAAAGAGAAAAAAAGAGAAAGAAAAUCCCUUUUAUUCCUCUACUUUUGAAAUAUUCUCUGUAUUUUUGACAGGGUUUCUGUGGUGAACUGAUUGCCAAUUUUCCCGGGAAAAUUGGGUGCAUAUCCCUGGAAAAUUGUGGGGAGAAGAGUGAUGGUGCUGUGAGUUUUUGGUGGGCAUGAGCUUUUUCUCAGAUUGAAAGGUAUAUAGAGAAAAAUGGAAGGUACAGCAGGCUUGAAAACUAUUUCGGAUCAGAAGCUCGAGGUUGUUGUCCUGCAAGGCUUCUGCUUUUUUUGUCAGUUGUGCAAUCAAAUGGAAAAUGAGGAUCUCACUUCCUAGUGUUAGUGAGUUUCAAAAUGUUGGCAGUAGACUUGGUUUCAAAUGCUGCAUCUGCUCCGGCUUCAGAAAUCAUUUCUCAAAUAGUGGAGGCCAUUUUCGAAAUUUCAGCUGCUGCCAGGGACGUCCUUGUUAAGAAGGAUACAUUUAAAGAGCUUUCAACUUAUCUGGAAGGGAUAGUCCCCAUCUUAAAAGAGUUGAACAAGAAAGCUGUUCUUCAUUCUGAGAGCUUAAACAAUGUUAUGGCCAUUCUUAACCGAGAAAUCAGAGGUGCAAAGCAACUGACACUUGAGUGCAGGAAGAGAAACAAAGUGUAUCUCUUAAUGCAUUGCCGAACAAUAGUUAAGCGCCUAGGAGACAUUAUGAAAGAGAUCAGUAGGGCUUUAGGUCUUCUUCCCCUGAGUUCACUAGAUCUUUCAUCUGGCAUAAUUGAAGAAAUUGAAAAGCUUUGUGAUAAUAUGCAGCGAGCUGAGUUCAGGGCAGCAAUAUCAGAAGAAGAGAUUUUGGACAAAAUCGAGUCUGGAAUCCAGGAGAGAAACGUUGAUCGUUCUUAUGCAAAUAAUUUGGUGGUUCUCAUAGCAGGGGCAAUCGGAAUCUCAACUGAAAGGUCAGUGUUAAAGAAGGAAUUAGAGGAAUUCAGGAAUGAGAUAGAAAAUGCUCGGCUGAGGAAAGACCAGGCUGAAGCUAUACAGAUGGAACAGAUAAUUGCUUUAUUAGAAAGGGCUGAUGCGGCUUCAUCUUCUAAGGAGAAAGAAAUAAAAUAUAUGAUUAAGCGGAAUUCUUUAGGGGCUCAACCAUUGGAACCACUUCAAUCAUUUUAUUGUCCAAUCACCAGGGAUGUUAUGAUGGACCCUGUGGAAACUUCUUCCGGACAGACAUUUGAGAGAAGUGCUAUAGAGAAGUGGUUUGCUGAUGGGAACAAAUUGUGCCCCCUGACCAUGACUUCUUUGGACACAUCAAUUUUGCGGCCCAAUAAAACUCUCCGACAAUCCAUAGAAGAAUGGAAGGAUAGAAAUUCAAUGAUUAUGAUUGGUUCCUUGAAAUCAAAACUCCAAUCUGAAGAAGAAGAAGAAGUGCUUCAUUGCCUGGGUGAUUUACUAGAUCUCUGUAAAGAAAGAGAAUUGCAUAAGGAAUGGAUCAUACUGGAGAACUACAUACCUAUUCUCAUUCAACUUCUUGGUGUUAAAACUCCCGAGAUAAGGAACAAUGCUCUUCUCGUCCUUUGCAUUUUGGUGAAGGAUGGUGAUGAUGCGAAGGAAAGAAUUGCCAUAGUUGAUAAUGGCAUUGAAUCUAUUGUUCGUUCACUUGGGCGCCGUGUUGAGGAAAGGAAGUUAGCUGUUGCAUUACUUUUGGAGUUAUCAAAAAGUAAUUUGAUAAGAGAAUACAUUGGGAAGGUUCAAGGUUGCAUACUCCUAUUAGUUACCAUGUCCAACAGUGAUGAUAAUCGGGCUGCCAGAGAUGCACAAGAGCUACUGGAGAAUCUGUCAUUCUCUGAUGAGAAUGUUAUACAGAUGGCGAAGGCAAACUAUUUUAAACAUUUGCUGCAGCGUCUCACUACAGGACCGGAGGAUGUUAAAAUAGUCAUGGCAUCAAAUUUGGCGGAGAUGGAGUUGACCGACCACAAUAAAGAAUCUUUGGUUGAAGGAGGAGUAAUGAGUCCGCUUCUUUACAUGGUCUCACAUGGUGACAUUCCAAUUCAAAUGGUGGCUGUUAGAGCUCUUAGAAACCUCUCAAGCUUACCUAAAAAUGGUCUACAGAUGAUUCGAGAAGGUGCAGAACGCCCAUUACUUGACCUUCUUUUUUUAAAUCUUAGUCCGUCAUUGUCAAGUUUGCGUGAAUAUACAGCAGCCACAAUUAUGCAACUCUCCAUGUCAAUGGCGUCUCAAGAAUCCAACCAGACACCCAUUCCAUUUUUGGAAUCAGAUGAAGAUAUUGUCAAGCUUUUCUCUUUGAUUAGCUUGAUGGGGCCUAAUGUACAGCAAAGCAUCAUUCGGACCUUCCAAACCUUAUGUCAAUCCCCCUCUGCUACAAGUAUCAAGAGCAAGUUGAUGCAGUCCUCGGUUUUACAAGUAUUGGUUCAGUUGUGCGAGAAUGAUGACCUAAACCUACGAGCAAAUGCUGUAAAGCUGUUCUCUUGCUUAGUAGAACGCGGCAGUGAAGUCACCACUAUCCUGGAGCAUGUGAAUCAGAAGUGCAUUGAGACUAUACUCAAGAUCAUCAAAACUUCUGAUGACGAAGAAGAGAUUGCUUCUGCAAUGGGCAUUAUCUCUAACAUUCCGGAAAACCCCGAGAUCACACAGUGGCUUAUGGAUGAUGGGGCACUACCUGUCAUACUCAAUUUUCUUCAGAAUGGUUCCCAUAGAAAUCAGUUGAUAGAGAAUGCGGUCGGAGCCAUUUGUCGUUUCACUGCUCCAACAAACUUGGAAUGGCAAAAGAGUGCAGCUGAAGCUGGCAUUAUCCCGUUGUUCGUACGUUUGCUGGAGUCUGGAACCUCAUUGACAAAGGAACGUGCGGCCAUAUCUCUUUCUCUAUUUUCAAAGAGUUCACCACGGUUGAGCAGGUCUUCACCUAACCGCAAAGGAUUCUGCUGCUUCUCGGCCCCACCAGAAACCAGAUGCCCUGUUCAUGGUGGAAUCUGUGGCAUUGUUUCAUCAUUUUGCCUUGUGGAGGCUGGUGCAGUGGGCCCACUGGUUAGAAUUCUUGGGGAACCUGAUCCCAGAGCUUGUGAGGCCUCUUUAGAUGCGCUAUUAACUUUAAUCGAAGGUGAGAGACUGCAGAUGGGUAGUAAGGUGCUCACAGAUGCGAAUGCCAUCCCACCUAUAAUAAAAUUUCUUGUUCAACCAUACCCUAGUCUGCAAGAGAAGGCCUUACAUGCUCUAGAAAGAAUGUUCCGGCUGCUGGAGUUUAAACAGAAGUUUGGAGGCUCCGCUCAGAUGCCUCUUGUUGAUUUAACUCAGCGUGGAAGCGGUAGUGUAAAAUCUAUGGCAGCCAGAAUACUUGCUCACUUGAACGUGCUUCACGAUCAGUCUUCUUAUUUCUGAAGGAGCUUCAAAUAUUCGGCUACGUGUCAUUGAUUUGAAGGUCAAGCAUAAACUCACCCCUGUGCUCAAACUUGGCAACGAUUAUCAAACAUGGGGACUGGUCAUGUAAAGUAAGAGAGAGCCCUUCAUAGUUUUAUAAGAAGGCGAAGCAUGGUUCUCUGUCCAGCAUGCCCAUCAUCUGGUUUUGGCGACAUGGGAUCGGAGGGACGCAGUUGAAUUUGUCUUGACACGGAGUAGCAGCUUCGAGACUGAAACUGACAAUUUAAAUUGUGCUGCUCUUACAUAGAAAUGAGGUGUCGCAGGAACUUGGUUUCCACUUGUAUAUUUGAAGCUUGAUUUGUACGUUGGUGUAAGGAGAAGAGAUCAUUGCAAGCCACCAGUGGUAGCCUGGUAAGGUAAGCUGAGAUCAUUUUUCGACGAAAAUUAAAUUCUUUUUCUACUAUAGGAUGUGGAUUCUUUGUGUAUACAUAGGAAACGUUCAAAAAAUUCACGAUAAAUUUUUCGAGUAAGUUGUGUCGUUUAUAUCCUUUCAUAUGAAUCAUAUUCUCUUUUAAUUCAAUCUUCAAGUUCUAUUUUCA